UCGAAUCGAAAGGAAAUCCAAGGUCAGAUUGAAAAACUGAUGGGAGAAGCAUCAUUUUCGAGAACUAAUAGGACAAAACGAAACGUGCGUCCGAUUUUGGCGCAGUUCACGAGUAGCUCCACUUCAGUUCGCUUCCUUUUUCCCCAAAUAACUAAUAAUGUCAGACUUGCGGCAGUGCGCCUACGAUUUUCUCGGGGAAUUCAUUGA